AUGCAGAAAUUUCAUCGAUCGAUUUCUCAAGUUACAGGUGAGAUUUGCAAAAUAAUUUUUUUCAGGAAAAAGGUAAUAUAAUGGAAUUUGAAAUCCUAGUAAAAUAACUAUGCUUUCAUUAGAGGAAAACAAUUUUUUUGAAUUCUAAGACCCCAAAAAAUUGAAGCAGAAGUUAAAAAUCAUAUGAACAGCUCUGGGAACGGUUAGACUGCUGUUAACAAUAGACUUCCAAAAAACAUCAAAAUGUGUGAAGGAGACAAUUUCAUUUAAUGAAAAGCCUUUCGAAAUAAAAAAAAUUCAGCCAUGAUUUUUCAAUUUUCGAAACAAAACUAGGCCUACAAUCCAUACUUUUCAACUACAUAAUCUUCAAAACGGAAAAUCUGCACAGGUAGAUACUGUGAAGGUCCAAUUCAGACCUUCAGAAGCUUUUAAGAAAACACAAAAACCGCAAAAUCAAAUAACCUCCACCAUAAGACUUCUUUUUCAGUAUUUUCUAAAAAACUUUCUUUCCUUUCUCUUGCCAAGUUUAUUGGUUUUCUCCCAAAAUUGGUUCUUUUUCCAGGGUCGACGGAAAAACUGACGCUGUUCGCCCCGUUCCACACAAUCAUUGGCGCUUCAGAGGACAACAGCGGGGCUCUGAAAAACAUCAAACGAAUUUGCUCGUACGCCGUUUUACUCUCAAACUUCAACCUUAAUAGCCCUUGAAGGAGCGUCAGAGCCUGGGAAUCGUGCGUGAGGUCGUGCUCCAGAGAUGAUGCUCGGGAGAUUCUGCUCUCUUCGAUGAAUCAGUGGAAAAACUUCUGCGCCAUCGUGCGGAAGCCGAGUAGAGGUUUUGUGGGGCUGGAUUUACUAUAAAAUUUGAAAAUUGCAUUUGAAGCAGCCCAACUUUCUUGUGACUAUAGUCAAUCCUUCACUUAUCUGAAAUAGUUUUGUAAUGAUUUUUUUCCAAUAUUUUUUUGUUUCAAAUCUUUUUCGAAGCUUAAUCAAUCAAUCAAUCAAAUCAUUUAUUUUGUCAGAAGGAAAGCUACCCCAAAAGAGUGAAGAUGUGUCACAAAAUGUCGAGAGAAUUUCGACAAAUUUAUUUGAAAUUUAAGAACAAGCCUUUUUUUCAAAUUUUUUUCUUAAACUGCAAAAAUCUCAAUAUCUCACUUGAACUGACCUACAGGAUAUUUUACAAACUAAUCAAUUUCUUCAGACACCGACGAAUAUUUCAACUGCGAACGGGAAAACCAACAGUACGUCUCACAAAAUUGCCAACGUUUUCAUCCUGUCACUUAUUCAAUUACACAAUUUUGCAAGUUUGUUUUCAUAUUUUCCGUUUAUUUAUACAUUAUCCAUUUGCAGAUCCGUGGAAAAAUAUCGAAACUGUGUGAGUCGAUAUGUACCGCAGUGCUCUGAAAAUGCAUUGAGGGUAAGUUUCAGAAAAGAUGAAAAAACUUGAAUUCCAUUUCAGAUAAAAUCCGAAAUCGAUACAGCGGUAGAAGCUUCAUUUGUUAAGAUAAUGCGAUUUUCGGCCAACAAAGUCCGAAUCCCACACAAGUCAGUUUUUAUAUCGGUAUAUAGGCUUAUGUUCUUUUUUUUGAGUUUUUUGAAAGUUAUGAUCCGUUUUCAAAAAAGUUAUCGAAAACUUCAAACAGACAAGUCGGGCUUACUGUAGGUCAAAGCUACAAGACCAGAAGCCUACACGGUGGAAAAAUUUCGGAAUAACAGGCUUAGGAACUUCAAAAUGGUCCCCAUAGGGGCAACCUUAGGGCCCUUGGAGGGUUUCCUUAAGGAAAAACUUCACCAACCCCUAAAGAGGCCACUAAUGCGUGAAAAAAGGGCCCCUAUAGGGGAGAUUCUGGUCUAUAAUUUUUAUUAACUCUGUGCGAAGAAGCAUUUCCAUGCGAAAAAUUAAACAAAUAACCUUUUUUUAAUAGAAUUGAGAGAUCCCUUUAGAGUCCACUUGAGCUUACAAGGAUGAGGGGCCAGACUCCAAACCCCUUUUGGGAUCACUUUAAUUUUACCCCUAAAGGAACCACUUUCCCGGUCACCUUUGGAGGCCUUUUUUCAUCCCUUACCCCUAAAGGGACCACUAUAAAUUUCCUAAGUACAUUUUUUUGUAACAUUAUCGUUUUUGUAAUUUGGAUAAAAACUAUCAUCAUAUUUUUCUUGAUCGCACUUAAUCUGAACUUUCAGAUGUAAUAUGUGGCAUCGCCCUCGCACUCGGGAGAAGCCAACCAAAGAAGAUUUUCCUGCGAUCCCGACAAAAAGCUAUCCGACUACUACGAAAGCCACAACGGUUGUCCAAAAAGAAAACCUGGCUCCAUCCACUACUGAACAAACAGUAG